AUGCAAUCAGAUUAUGAAAUGGCUGGGAUCCAUCAUGAGAGAAACCAACAGUCAGCACAAAUGGAAGAGCAGCAUAGAUUCAUGGUGGAAAAUAAUGCUUCAACUUCCUCGCCAUUUUACACAAUAAACCCAAACUAUCACUUCCCUCAGCCUCAUCCUCAUCCUCUUCUCCAACAAAUCAACAAUUUACCGAUUACUCAACAGUUUUUCCAGUAUCAACAUCCUCAUUACAGAUCCAUGUCCAUGUUAGAGCAGCAACAAGAAGAAAUAAGGCUAGACCACUCUCAGACGGCGGAAUUAGUGCAAGGUUCAUUUUUUCCUGUAAGUGAAGGACAGGAAGAUGCUUUGAUUCGUGGGAGUGAGCGAUACUGUACACAGCCUCGACAAACUUGUUUAGCUGUGUGGCAAAACCAAGAAGAUUCUGCUAUUAUUAAACAACCUUUUUGGAAAGAAUUUUCAAAUGGGAAUGCAACUGAGAGAAACAAACAAGAUGAAGAUCAAGAAAUGUAUCGAUCUGAAGAAAAUAUUAUCAAGAGCUUAGAAGAAAAUAAAUUCGGAGAGUUAGAAGCUAUUUAUGGUGACGAUAUUCAUCGAAUUGCAUCUGAAUCUGUUCUCACAACGAACCACAAUGUCUCUUUUCCUGAAUUGGCUCUGAAUGAUUCAAAUCAAGCCAUGGCUGCUGAAAUCGAUAAUAAUAAUAAUAAUAUUGGAUCAGAAAGUGCAUCCGUUGGAGGAAGAGAAGUAGAAGCACUUCAUAAAAGGAAGAGAGCAAGAGAAUCCAUGUCAAGAUUUUUCAAAUCCUUAGUGAAGAAACUCGCGAAACAACAAGAGGAUCUACAAAGGAGUUUCAUGGAAACGAUUGAGAGAUUAGAUCAAGAAAGAAAAGAAAGAGAACAAGUGUGGAGAGAACGAGAAUUGGCAAAGCUUCAAAAAGAAGAAGCUGCUAGAGCCCAUGAAAGAAGUUUAGCUUCCAGUAGAGAAUCUGCUCUUGUUUCUUGCUUGGAAAAACUCACUGGUCAGAAGAUCAAUUUUCAACCAUUCAAGAUCAAGGAAGAACAAAAUCAUUCUAGUUUAGUGAAAUUCAUGAAGCGAUGGCCUCAAGCUGAAGUUGAGGCCUUAAUUCAGAUUAGAACUAAUUUGGAAUCCAAGUUUGCUACUACUCCAAAAGGGCUACUUUGGGAAGAAGUAAGUAACUCAAUGUCGUUAAUGGGAUUUCAGAGAAAUGCCAGAAGAUGCAAAGAGAAGUGGGAGAAUAUGCAUAAGUGUACUAGUGUCAAGAGAAGAAAAGAAAUCACCAGGGAACAGUUGAAUAGUGACUUUGUAAAUCAAGGAAUUCAUGAUAAAGAUGAAAAUGGAAGUAAGAAAGAGGAUAUGGAAGAAUAA